AUGGGCGAGACAUACUCCACCUUCAACCAAUCCAACAACUGGGAACAAGGGACCGACAGUGAGCAAGAUGACCGGAUGCCAGCUCAUAGCGCUGGUCAUGCCGGAGCAACCAGACCUGUAAGACGUCGAAUCUUGAUCAACUCCACCGGUCUGCCUCCUUAUGACACCCCAAACUUCCGUGGUGUCACGAAGACUCGUGAGGGAAAGGCCAAGGCUGUUCGACCCAACCGACUCGAAGGCUCAGUCAGUAAGCCUACUCCUCGCGGUGGCCGUGGUUAUGGCAAGUCCAAACCGUUAAAGUACGCGACUAGCAACAAAUACCACAAAGCUGUCUUUCCUGGGAUGAGAGUCCCAGUCUAUAUGCGCAAGCGCAGCAAGAGAGACCGCUAUGGAUACCGAUCUGAAAGUGGAGUCAUCCAGUCCCGCCGACCUGAGUAUGUCCCUGUUAUGUCGGUCCAAUGCCCCAUGCCUGGUGGUACGGCGGUCACCAUGACUACUGAUCCGGUACAGAAGGUCAGUUGGGGUCCCAUCACUAGGAUUGAAGCCAGUGAAGAAGCUCGUGAGUUGAUCAACCAUUGGCGCGAGGCUUUGAAAGACGCAAAGAAGACAAAGGAGAAAGGCAAAGUGAAGGAUGGCAGCGACGAUGACGAAACAGACAAGCCUGCAAAGGCCAGGGGAGCAAAGGGGAGGGACAAUGCUGCCAUAGUUGCCGGCACCAAGCCUGAUGAGAGGUCUAAGUGUCAAGAUCAGGAGGAUAUUUCCAUCAACAACGAUCUCACACCCGCAACUACCUCCCAAGCCGAUACCGAAGCAACUACAGAUACUCGCCCUCCGCGCCGCUUUCUAAAACCCCCACCUCCAACACCCCCCGACACUAUCUUCCAUAAGACACAUUCUCAAUUAGUGGCGGCGGCCCUCUCGAUGCCAACCCUUCCGACUCUCCACCGCAUCUCUGACCCACAACUUGUCGAACAGUAUCGCCUUCAGCAUGCCAUGGACCGAGAUACUUUCGAAAAGGAAACUCGUGCCAUCAAGAAAGGGCUUGUAGAUGCAAAGGUCGCGAGAGGUGGGAAGCCGAGACUGUUGAAGAAUGAAUACACCGUUGAGCUGGCGAGUCGCGAGGAUGCGGAAACGGCAGAGAAGUGGGCUAGAGACCAGGGGAGAAGUUUCGGAAUUGUGGAAAUGAGGAGCAGGGCGAACAGUGCGCUGGCGACAGGUGGCCCCGGGGUCAGCCCCGGGGAGUUGGGUUUGAAGAUGAUGGGCGGAGAAAUGGAGACUUCAGAGUCGGCGAGUGCUGUGAGUGCGAUGAAAGAGCGCGAAGGACGGGACAGGACUGAGGACGAAUCAGAACAACAAUUUCCGAAUCUUCAUCGAGCCGAGCACCCUGCCACCACUCCCUCUGCAGAGCAACUCUCAGCUGUGGGACCGGAGGACGAGACCUUGACAGCAGAGGCACGGCGCAAGCAAAACAAAUCGUCGACCCACACCAAAACUGGCACCUGCCCCCAACUGAAAUACAAGCCAGCGCUACGCGAUGUCAAAUCUCAACUCUCACGCCUUAACCUCUCCGAGCACGUGAGCAAGAUCACCACUUAUGGAAGCGUGCGUCACCAACACUCUGUCAAACGAGAGGCCAGUGACCACGGCGAGAAACGCACGGUCAAGACGUGGAUCGAGAUAACGGAAGUUUAUGAGGUGCCAGCUCCCAAGGCCCUUACCAUCAAGGAUGUGGUGGCCGCAGUCGAAGAGGAGGCUGAAGGGCACGAUAGCGAGGGGGAAGGCUGGCAAGGUGAGAGCAACGAAGAAGAGAGCGAUGAUAGUGACGAGAGCGAGAAUUACACGGCGAAGAAGAAGGACAAGGGAAAGCGGGUGAAGAAGAGAGGAAAAUUAAUUGCCAAGUCAAAGGUCAAAGCCAAACUAUCAACGGCCUCGGAGAGCGACGAGGAAGGCUACGCUUCGGACACUGAUUUCGACUCCUCUUCAUCCUCUACCAUUUCGGAAUUCGACAGCGCAAGCGAUCACGGCGGCGCGCCCGGAUUCAGAGAAGAAUUUCAUGACCCCGAUGAGACAGAAACAGAGGCACUUUUCCGUUCCCUGUCGCGUUUUGGGGAGGUCAACGCCGAGAGUAUUGCGCAGGUGAGCAGCGAUCUGAGGGCGUUGAUGGCCGGGUUGAGAACGGAUGGGAUGUUGAGCACGCGUGAGGAUUAA